CUGAGUUCGAAUACUUCCUUCUGUCGGCUCUUUUUUCAGGGUCUCAACUAUAUACAUAACUCAUUUCUCUGCUAUCAUGGCCGUUUGACUUCAUCAAGCUGCCUAGUGACAGAUUCAUUUCAAGUUAAAUUGUGCGAUUACGGACUGUCGGAGCUUGCUCGAGUAAGUCUGGUGCGGAACUGUUGGCGAGAAAACCCAAUAAACCGGCCGACGACAGAAUUCAUUUGUGAGGAGCUUCAAAUGUUGUUGUCAACAGCCAGUCACUCCAAUCUUAUGGACCAUGUGUUUUCCAUAAUGGAGGAGUAUACAUGGACACUAGAACAGGAGAUUAGUGAUCGCACGAAAGAGCUCACAGAGCAAAAGAAGAAGGCUGAUCUCCUGCUGAGCAAGAUGCUACCAAGAGAAGUGGCAGAACGCUUGAAAAAGGGACAGUCUGUUGAUCCAGAAGGCUUCGACAGCGUGACUGUAUUCUUCUCUGAUGUUGUAAAGUUCACAAUUCUUGCAGCCAAGUGCACUCCAUUUCAGGUUGUGGGUCUUCUGAAUGAGUUGUAUAGCAGUUUCGAUACUUUGAUUGAACAACAUGGAGUAUAUAAGGUUGAAUCAAUCGGAGACGGCUAUCUUUGCGUAUCUGGUCUACCAGCUAGAAAUGGGCAUAGGCACAUAAAGGAAAUCGUGGAGAUGUCUCUGAGUUUCAUGGAUUAUGUCGAUCAAUUCAAGGUGGUUCCAUUCCCAGAUGAGAAGAUUCAAUUGAGGAUUGGAGUAAAUAGUGGUUCGUGUGUCGCUGGAGUAGUUGGUUUGAGUAUGCCACGUUAUUGUCUUUUCGGUGAUACUGUAAAUACGGCAUCAAGGAUGGAAAGCAACGGAAAACAAAGGUAUCUGAGUUCGAGACUGGUGUGUCCUAAAUGGAAGACGGUUCUGAUCGUAAGUCGCCUUCAGCUGGAAGAAUUCAUCUCAGUGGAAGUGCGUUCACAAUGUUGCAACAACACUAUCACGGAGAAUAUAUUAUAG